GGGCAGGGUGGGGGUGGGCCGAGGCGUGCACUCGGGGAAGUCUCUCGGCGCCGGGAAUAAAAGGGAGCCGGCUCGCCUUGCGGCGCUGGGAAGCCGCCCUGCCUCGCCCCCAGCGCCGGGAAGGGCAUGGCCCCGGCGGACCCCCGGCGGUGACUCGCGCGCCCCGGCCCCGCGGAUGCUCUGGGCGCACGGCUCCCGUGUGUCGCGGCUUCCGAAGGACAGGUGUUCUGGGAUAACGCCCCCCGACAAGAUGCCAACGCGGGCGCCGUGGCAAGCACUCUCCGUGGUGCUGAUUCUGCUCUGGGGACACCCGCGCGCCACGCUCGCCUGUCCUCACCCUUGUGCCUGCUACGUUCCCAGCGAGGUCCACUGCACAUUUCGCUCCUUGGCUUCAGUGCCCGCCGGGAUCUCUAAACAUGUGGAAAGGAUCAAUUUGGGGUUCAAUAGCAUACAGGCCUUGUCAGAAACCUCGUUUGCGGGACUGACCAAGUUGGAGCUGCUGAUGAUUCACGGCAACGACAUUCCCAGCAUCCCCGAUGGGGCUUUAAGAGACCUCACGUCUCUCCAGGUCUUCAAGUUCAGCUACAAUAAGCUUCGAGUGAUCACGGGGCAGACCCUGCAGGGCCUCUGGAAUUUAAUGAGGCUCCACGUCGACCACAACAAGAUCGAGUUCAUCCACCCGCAAGCUUUCAGCGGCUUAACGUCCCUACGGCUCGUCCACCUGGAGGGGAACAUGCUCCAGCAGCUCCACCCCGCCACGUUCUCCACGUUCUCCUUUCUGGAUUAUUUCAGACUCUCCACCGUCAGGCACCUCUACUUGGCGGAGAACAGGAUGAGAACCCUCCCCGCUGGCAUGCUCCAGAACAUGCCACUGCUGGAGAACCUUUACCUGCACGGGAAUCCGUGGUCCUGUGAUUGUGAGAUGAGGUGGUUCCUGGAAUGGGAUGCGAAGUCCAAAGGCAUUCUGAAGUGUAAGAAGGACAAAGCUUACGAAGGGGGUCAGCUGUGCUCCGUGUGCUCCAGCCCCGAGAAGCUGCACAAACAGGAGAUUCAGAAGCUGAAGGACAUCACGUGUCAGAAGCCGUCCAUAGAGUCCCCUCUGAGGCAGAACAGGAGCAGGGGUAGCGAGGAAGAGCAGGACGCAGAGGAGGACAGUGACAACCAGUUCCCCUUGGAGGGCUUCCAGUAUCCCCCGUGGAACGUUUCUCUGAAUAUGAGCGACGAACACGGGAACACAGUGAGCUUGGCCUGUGACAUCAAGAAGCCGAUGGACUUGUACAAGAUACACUUGAACCAAACGGACCCUCAGGAGCUGGAAAUAAAUGCGACCGUCGCCUUGGACUUUGAGUGUCCGAUGACUCGGGAAACGUACGAGAAGCUGUGGAAGCUGAUCGCCUACUACAGCGAGGUUCCUGUCAAGCUGCACCGAGAACUCGCGCUCGGGAAAGACCCCCGACUCGGCUACCAGUACAGGCAGGAUGCGGACGACGACACGCUCUACUACACGGGCGUCAGAGCCCACGUCCUUACGGAGCCAGAGUGGGUCAUGCAGCCGUCCAUCCACAUCCAACUCAACCGGCGUCAGAGCACGGCCAAAACGGUGCUGCUGUCCUAUUCGUCUCAGCACGCCCUCACCGUGUCCGCCAAAGACGCGCGGCAGGCCCGGAGCAGGAGCUGGGUGAUGAUCGAGCCUGGCAGAGCGGUGCAGAGAGCCCAGACGGUCUUGGAAGGGAGCCCGUGCCAGCUGAGCUGCAAUGUGAAGGCUUCCGAGAGCCCGUCCAUCUUCUGGGUGUUCCCGGAUGGCUCCGUCCUGAAAGCACCGGUGGAGGAUGAGCACGGCAGGUUCUCCAUCCUCACCAGCGGCUGGCUGAAGAUCAAAUCCACGGAGCAGUCGGACGCCGGCCUGUACCAGUGCAUCGCUCGGGUGAGGGGUGAAACGGAUCGGAUGGUGUACAGGGUCCUUGUGCAGACGCCUGCCACGCCGCCCCCCAAUGGACAUACGGUGACCGUUCAGAAGGACCCAGGGGAGUCGGUGAUGCUGCCUUGCCGUGCGCUGGCCAUACCCGAAGCCCAGAUUAGCUGGAUCCUCCCAAACAGAAGGAUAGUUAACGAUAUGGCUAACACGUCCCACGCGUACAUGUUGGCAGACGGAACUCUUUCCAUCCCAAAGGUCCAAGGCAGCGACAGUGGUUACUACAGGUGCGUGGCGGUCAACCAGCAAGGGGCAGACCAUUUUACUGUAGGGGUCACGGUCCACAAGAAAGGAUCUGGCAGGUCAUCCAAAAGAGGCAGGCGCCCAGGUGGGAAGACUCUUCCUGGGGGAAGGGGAGACGUCGUGGAGGACGAAGGGGGAUCCGGCAUGGCAGACGGAGACAACGUGUCCAGGACGGUGCUGCUGCACCCGAAGGACCAAGAGAUGUCCCUCAAAACAGAAGACGACGGAGGUAUCCCCGGAGGUCAGAAAGCCAAGAAGGGGCGAAGGAAAAUGAAACCCUGGAAGAGUUCUGAAAAGGAGCCGGAGACAAACGUCGCUGAAGGUCGCAGGGUGUUUGAGGCCAGACGGAGAAUAAACGUGGCCAACAAACAGAUUAACCCGGAGCACUGGGCAGACAUUUUAGCCAGAGUACGCGGGAGAAACCCGCCUAAGGGAACAGAAGUACCCCCGGUCGUGAAGAGCACCACCCUUCCAGCGGUGAGUCAACAGGUGACGUCCCUUUCGCCCGCCGUGCGUGCCCCGUCAGCAUCGCCUGUGCGGACCGCGACCAGCGUUGAAGAGUCCUCAGGAGAUGCACCUUUCUUUGGGGAGGAAAAGCAGGCGUCUAGCGCUGUUUCCUCCACCAAGACAGCUCCAGUCGAACAUGGCCACGACGGGGCAAUCCCCGCCGAGCCCCACGUGACAAGCACGCGCCCGGAAGGACUUAGCGACGACGAGUUUUCUGCGAAGACCAAGGCUGAGGCCCCCACUGCAGUUGACUUGAAGUGGGCCGCAAGCACAACGGCUUACCAGUCCUCUGCUACUCGGUCGAGCCUGGGCGUGGUCCACGGAGAGCCCACCACUGGCAACGAAGCCACGGGGCGCUGGUCUGCACGAGACGCUGGAGCCGAGCCGGAGCGUACGCCCAAGGAGUAUGAGUCGCCCCUGGACGCCACCUCCUUGGCCGAGUCUGAAACGGUGCCCAGCUCUUACCCAGAUCUGGAGACGAAUUCAGCACCAGGUGGGGCUAAGAGGAACGACUUGACCACUACGGACGUGACUGCAGCCCCCACGCCGGGGGUCGCUGACUCCAGGAUGCCCGAGCCACUCGAAGACCCCACUUUAGGAGAGCCAGGUGUCCCAGCAGAAGCGCAGCUACAGGAGCAGACAGACGACCCGCAGCUUCUGGAAAACGGUUCGAGCCCUCAGGGCCACCCGCUGAUGGAAAAGGGCAGAGAGGGGGGUUCUCAGACACGGCGGGGAGGGGGUCUGCAUGAGGGAGACGCCGUGGACUCCAGAAGUGCUGAGAGCAGGAGGCGAGGCGCUGAGCCUUCCCCUCCGCUUGACCCUGCGCUGGAGGUGACGGACACCGUCGCUCCCUUCCAGCAUCCCAGGGGAACCACGCGUGGCCCUCUGUGGGACGCGGGCGCCACCACGGUAGCAACGAUGCUGAUGCCACCCCAAACGGCCACUUCGCCACCGGCCCUGACCUCUCACGCUUCUCGAAAGAGGCCCAACGGCAGGAGACGACUUCGCCCCCACAGGUUCCGGCAGCGGCACAGACAAAACCAGCCCACGACGCUCUCCCCGGGGGAGACCUUUUCUGCUCCACCAACGACGCGCGUACCCGAAAUGCAGACUCCAAACCAAGCGGCCAGUUUGCCGGUUCCUGCGACCGCGGUUGACAGCACGGCUGGAACAGCAAAACAACUGGAUGUGGAGAAGCACACAGAACCCGCAUCCAAGGGGACAUACGCACGCCGGAAACACGGCAAGAGGCCGAACAAACAUCGGUACCCCACGUCCACAGACGGUCCUCCAGCUUCUGCGUCCAAGCCCAGCCCUGCCCCAGAAGAGAGACACAAACACGUCGUCACCCCCAGUUCAGAAGCUGUCCCUUCAUCGACAGCCAUCUCUCUCCCAACGGGGGGCCCACGUGAGAUGAGCAGAGUGGAAGAUUAUAGGACAACCACCACGAAAGUAAAUCUGUCUCAUGAUAAACUGCAAGGGACAAUUCCUGUAUCAGAUGGAAGGGAAAUUAAGAACUAUGAGGUCACAACCAUCCGUGGCUACGAAACUGACAGGCUCGUCCCUGGCGAGUCCAUCACGGACGUGGCGUCCCCUUCUGGGGCCGAGGUCUCCACGGUGGGAGGAUUUAAGGCAGGAUCCUGUCCUUUUGGCUUUGAAGGGAACGCGAGCUGCAACCCCCCCACGUCGGCCCGGCCUGAGAGGCUGCGGACAGACCGCACCGUCGCCAGCUCUUCAAAAACUCUUACAGACUCGCCCCUUUUAAAAGAGCUGCAGGACGUAGAUUCUCCUGCUGAGUUUUCACCUUUGGCUGCCACCUCUGCGCUGUUGCCGCAGGAAGACGUCACCAGUUCGACGCCUCCCUCAAGCGUGAAACUAGAGGCGUCUUCAAACCAGGCAGAAACCAGCCUCAGGGAGGAGGGUCAUCCCGCAACCACUCCAGCCAUGACCCAGUCCGAAAUUCGACCCCAGAGUCAAGUGUCGCCACCGUCCCCAGCGGAGCAGCCGGCAUCCCCCAGCGUCCCACCCACAACCCCCGUGUCUUUGGCACAAACCAGCACGAAUCCCACGCCUCUCACUCCAAGACCGUCGCCGACAUCAAGAGCUUCCAAAGACAACGCCCCCUUCAACCAUGUGGGGGUCCCAGGAGCCCGAACGCCGUCCGUGCCUACUGAAGGAACACCGCGUACGUUGAGGCCAAAUGAGUUUUCCAGCCGGGACAAACCUAACUUCACUCCAAAGCAGGAGUUAGGAAAGGAAGCGUUUGACGGUAGAACCAAGAACGUUCUUCCACCACGUGGCCCAGAUGCGAGCGCCCAAGUGUUCCAGCCACCUGCCAGAGUUCCCGACAGGGUGCUCCCUCCCAGAGGGACGGUGAGGCCACCACCGCCUGUGGCCACACAAAGCUCCCUGAGACACUUUGUGCCUUCCCAGGCCCCUCGGCACCUGACCAGCAAACCGGAAGCCACCGCAUCUCCGUCGAGGGCUCGGCCAGAGCACAGGCAUGUUACAACCCCAAAAUGGUCAAGCACGACAGCUCCCGUGGUUCCGUUGCCCGGGUCCAAACCGGACCUUCCCAGUUCAUCAGCGGACCGUGCAGCUGGCCGAUUCAGCGGCAAGUCCAAGCUGUUCGGCAGUAACAGCCUCCCCGAUGUGAGGGACCCUGCUGGCAAGCCCCCAAGUGCGAGAGCUCCUCACUACUCCAACGGAAGGUUGCCUUUCUUUUUCAACAGGACCCUCUCUUUCCCGCAGUUGGGAGUCACUCCGAAGCCCCAGAUACCCACCUCUCCUGCCCCAGCGAUGAGAGAGAGGAAGGUCAACCCAGGCCCCUACAACAGGAUCCAUUCUCAGAGCGUCACCCACGUGGAUUUCGGUCCCCCGGCACCUCCGGUAUUACAUCCUCCCCGGACCGCGGCGCCGCCCUCGACCAACGUCCAGAGCGUCCCUCUGGUCUACUCUACCCGGAGCCCCAUCCCCACCUUGACGCCUUCCGUCCAACCUUCCAGAAGCUUCCAUCAGAGCAGCUCAAAGCUUUUCUCUGCCGGGGGACUUCCUGCGUCCAAGUUCUGGGUGCCUGGGGAAAAGCCCCAGAUCGUCACCAAGUUCCCCCAGACCGUGUCUGUCAUCGCUGAGACCGACGUUGUGUUCCCGUGCGAGGCAACGGGGAAACCCAAGCCCUUUGUUACUUGGACCAAGGUCUCCACAGGAGCUCUCAUGACCCCACACACCAGAGUCCAGCGCUUUGAAGUCCUGAAGAACGGCACCUUCGUCAUCCGCAACGUACAGGUGCAGGACCGCGGCCAGUACGUGUGCACCGCCAAGAACUUGCACGGAGCAGACAGGAUGGUGGUCCUGCUGUCCGUGACGGUGCAGCAGCCCCAGAUCCUGGCGUCCCACUACAAGGAUGUCACGGUCUACCUGGGAGACACCAUUGCCAUGGAGUGUCUGGCUAAGGGGACCCCAGCUCCCCAGAUCUCCUGGAUUUUCCCCGACAGGAGGGUGUGGCAGACCGUGUCCCCCGUGGAGGGCAGGAUUACUCUGCACGAAAACCGGACCCUGUCCAUCAAAGAGGCGUCCUUCGCGGACAGAGGCGUGUACAAGUGCGUGGCCAGCAACGCAGCCGGGGCGGACAGCCUGGCCAUCCGGCUCCACGUGGCGGCCCUGCCCCCGGUCAUCCACCAGGAGCGGCUGGAGAACAUCUCGCUGCCCCCGGGGCUCAGCAUCCACAUCCACUGCAGCGCCAAGGCCGCGCCGCUGCCCAGCGUGCGCUGGGUGCUCUGGGAUGGCACGCAGAUCCGCCCCUCCCAGUUCGUCAACGGGAACCUGUUCGUCUUCCCCAACGGGACGCUCUACAUUCGCAACCUGGCACCCAAGGACAGCGGGCGGUACGAGUGCGUGGCCGCCAACCUGGUGGGCUCGGCGCGCAGGACCGUCCAGCUGACCGUGCAGCGCGCGGCGGCCAACGCGCGCAUCACCGGCACCUCCCCGCAGAGGACCGACGUCCGGUACGGGGGGACCCUCCAGCUGGACUGCAGCGCCUCGGGGGACCCCUGGCCGCGCAUCCUCUGGAGGCUCCCGUCCAAGAGAAUGAUCGACGCGCUCUUCAGCUUUGAUUCCAGAAUUAAGGUGUUUGCCAACGGGACCCUGGUGGUGAAAUCUGUCACGGACAAAGACGCUGGGGAUUACCUGUGUGUCGCCCGGAAUAAGGUUGGGGAUGACUUUGUCGUCCUCAAGGUGAACGUGGUCAUGAAGCCAGCCAAGAUCGAACACAAAGAGGAAAAUGAUCACAGAGUCUUCUACGGGGGCGACCUCAAAGUCGACUGCGUGGCCACCGGGCUCCCCAACCCUGAGAUCUCCUGGAGCCUCCCGGACGGGAGCCUGGUCAACUCUUUCGUGCAGUCCGAUGACAGCGGUGGACGCACCAAGCGUUACGUUGUUUUCAACAACGGCACGCUCUACUUCAACGAAGUCGGGUUGCGGGAGGAGGGCGACUACACCUGCUUUGCUGAAAACCAAGUUGGCAAGGACGAGAUGAGGGUGCGGGUCAAGGUGGUGACCGAGCCCGCUGCCAUCCGGAACAAGACGUACUCUGUGGUCCACGUCCCCUAUGGGGACGUGGUCACCGUGGCUUGCGAGGCCAAAGGCGAGCCCACGCCCAGGGUGACGUGGCUUUCUCCGACCAACAGGCUGGUCCCCACCUCCUCCGAGAAGUACCAGAUAUUUCCCGACGGCACUCUCCUUAUUCAGAAAGCCCAGCGCUCGGACAGCGGCAACUACACCUGCGUGGUCAGGAACAGCGCCGGCGAGGACAGGAAGAUGGUCUGGAUUCACGUCGACGUCCAGCCGCCCAAGAUCAACGGAAACCCCAACGCCAUCACCACUGUGCGGGAGAUAGCGCCGGGAGGGAGCCGGAAACUGAUCGACUGCAGAGCGGAGGGCAUCCCCACGCCGAGAGUGUUCUGGGCCUUUCCCGAGGGCGUGGUGCUGCCGGCCCCAUACUACGGCAACCGGAUCACCAUCCACCGCAACGGCACGUUGGACAUGAGGAGUCUGCGGAAGAGCGACUCCGUGCAGCUGGCUUGCAUUGGGCGCAAUGAAGGUGGAGAAGCCAGGCUGAUGGUCCAGCUCACGGUCCUGGAGCCAGUGGAGAAGCCCGUCUUCCACGACCCGGUCAGCGAGAAGAUCACGGCCAUGGCCGGCCACACCAUCAGUCUCAACUGCUCGGCAACGGGGACCCCGACGCCCAGCCUGCUGUGGGUCCUUCCCAACGGGACGGAGCUCCAGAGUGGCCAGCAGCUGAACAGAUUCUUCCACAAGGGGGACGGCAGGCUGCACAUCAGUGGCCUCUCAUCCGUGGAUGCUGGGGCUUACCGCUGCGUGGCCAGGAACUCGGCGGGCUACACCGAGCGGCUGGUCUCUCUGAAGGUGGGGCUGAAACCCGAGACGAGCAACCAGUACCACAACCUGGUGAGCAUCAUCAACGGCGAGACCCUGCAACUGCCCUGCACCCCUCCAGGGCGCCGGCAGGCACGCUCCUCUUGGACGCUGCCCAACGGCCUGGUUCUGGAGGGCCCCCAGACGCGGGGACGCUUCACCCUUUGGGAGAACGGCACCCUCACCGUGCUCGACGCCUCGGUGUUCGACCGGGGGACCUACGUGUGCAAGACACACACCGAGUACGGCCCUUCCGUCGUGAACGUCCCGGUCAUCGUGAUUGCCUACCCGCCGCGAAUCACCAGUGAGCCCACGCCGGUCAUCUACACCCGGCCCGGGAGCACCGUGAAGAUGAACUGCAUGGCCAUGGGGAUUCCCAAGGCCGAGAUCACCUGGGAGCUGCCGGACAGACUGCACCUGACGGCGGGAACGCAGGCCCGUCUCUACGGGAACAGAUUCCUCCACCCGCAGGGAUCCUUAACCAUCCAACAGGCCACCCAGAGAGACGCGGGCUUUUACAAGUGCACCGCGAAAAACAUCCUUGGCAGUGACUCCAAGACAACUUACAUCCACGUCUACUGAAACACCGGAGCUCAUGGACCCCACGGCCGCUGCUUAGGGAGUUGGCACAAAGCCUUGUUUGUACGGGAGGCUGGGGCCCGAGAGUUGGAGCUCUGAAAGGAUGUGUCGUGGGUCACCGUGGCCGCCCCGACCCCCGGGUUGGAUUUCAGGCUCAUACUGACCUUGACCUACGCUUGUUGAUGAAAGGAAGGAACGCAGACAUUGGGGAAACUUUAUUCCGUGUUUACAGGAUUCCAUGUGUUCUUGCAUUUCUCAGCACUUGGGUGCAAACUGCCGUCUCUGUGUUGCAGACACUGCCCGGAUGCUUUAAGGAGCAUCUCUAGGAUCCUUAAGGAACAUCCAUGGAAAAGAAAUGGUAGACAGUCACAGUGCCUUGCUACCCUGAGGAAGACACAUCGCCUUAGUUAACCCGCUGCCGUUUUAACAUGGUAGCACGUUCUAGAAUGAGCACCCAUCAUCUGCUGCCGUUUUAACGUGGUAGAACGUUCUAGAAUGAGCACCCAUCACCUGCUGCCGUUUUAACGUGGUAGAACGUUCUAGAAUGAGCACCCAUCACCUGCUGCCGUUUUAACGUGGUAGAACGUUCUAGAAUGAGCACCCAUCUUCCCCUUCUUUCCUCUGUCACUUCAAAUCUUCAGUUUGCCCGACCAGGGCUGAAAACCAGAGUGAUUGAUUUUUUUUGUUUGUUUUUUCAUGUACAAGUUUCAUACAAUACAGCUAUCAUUUUAUAUGAAAGAAUAUUUUCUCCCUGGAACUCACUUUUUAAAUACUGUUUUAUAGAUAUAGAUAUAGAUACAGAUAUAUAUUAUAAAAUUUUUUUCUUUCUAAUCAGACGAUGAGAGUAGAAAGAGAAAGACACGCUUUCUGUCUCAUGAAAGGUAAUAAAUUAUUGGUCUUUACAAGACUUGGAUACAUUACAGCAGUUAUGGAAAUGCAAUUAAAAAAUAUUUCCCUCCCCGACUUCCUUCGUAUUCAUUAACCGCUAGAAUAUUUCCUUUCCCAGGAACCCUACGUUGGGGGAGGCUGAGAUGCUGGACUUCCUUGUUUAUGGAGUUAACCCUGAGAGAGCUGUGGGGGCAGGGAGCGGAGAUGAGAGGAAGGGAAGGAGAGAGUUAAGUUGUGGCCCCACAAAAUGAAUCCAGAGCUUUUAGGAGAAGCCUGGAAUAUCCCACAUCCUACGAAUUUGUGUCCACGGAAAGUAGGAGACCUGUUACUUCCAUGACUGCUUUACUGUAUUUUUAAGGUCAAUAAAAAUGUACAUUUGAUAAUAAAAUAAUAUUUUCCAAACAA